AUGUCACGACGUUACGUCCCGCCCUCGCAACGAGAGAUGUCAGGACAGUACAUGCCGCCCUCGCAGCGAGAGACGCCAGUCGACGCGACCGCAGGCAACAGAAACAGCACCAGCAUUGCAUUACCGGGGCCCAAGCGCUACAUCCCACCAUUUCUCCGAAACAGAGAUGUGAAUAUUGCGAGCACGAAAGAGCAGGAUAAGAAACCAUUGCGAUCAAUGCCGGAAACCCUUCGGUCUGUAAGAGAAAUCCAACAAUACUACUUUCCAGGAAAGAAGUCGCCGUCCCACGACGUGGCUACACUACACGACAGUGCACAGACGCCGGGAACUCUAAGGUAUGUGCUGAUAUUCCACGAAGGGAAUCCACGGUGGCCUCAGGAUCGCAUCAUCUUUUCGAAGUCGAACCUUGACCUCCUUCCGGUCGAAUUUGCCGAAGAUUGCACUUCACCACCUGACAGUACUGUCAAUGACGAGCCACAAAAGCCCGCUGGUGACCUUGGCAACGCAAGCAAAUCUAUACCGGUUGCAGUCUUCGAGCAAAUGAAACAACAGGCGCAGGCGUAUCAUUCUUCUGGGUUCGAAUUCACUGGCUAUUACCGGAUUGUCAAGGUGGCCUUCCUUGAACCAGGUUCACCGGACCUACUCCGAAUGCUGAAGCAAAAAUUCUCGCAUACCGAUCGAUGGGGUCAGACGCGAGCAAAAGAACGCAGCAAGGCAAAGUGGGAGGAGAGCCUCAGCAAGAGAUGGGCGGUGAUCAAGUUCGAGAAUGACGAGAUCGCAGACAAAGAGAUCGCAGCUCCCAAUGUUCCCAAGCUAGAGCUGCUGGAUCCAGCGAGAACGCCAGAGCCGCCAGGAGACAAGGGCAAGAGUGUGAAUGAGUUGCUUAAGGAAUUUCGAAUGAAGAUCUUAACGGCGAACAUGGUGAUGAAGGCAAUGUGGCUCAGGAGUAAGAUGAAGCUCAGGGCAGCAACUGUCUCUCACCACAUCCCAGCAAGCAGGGAUGGCGAGCACGAGGCAAAGAGAGCUAGGAUCAACACGACGAAGGAUCUCCACGUGUUGAACCCGAUGGGAGUCACCACUGUAACGCCGAGAUCGUGGAGAGCAACAGGGCCUUGA